UCUGUGGCAGAAGAUGUGAUGUCUCAUGUACAAUUCCAUCCGAAAGAUCAAGUCAUGGAACAGCUAUUCGCUUCUGUUGUUGGUCGAAGUGAUUCAUCUUCAUGGAAGCCGAAUCUUGAUAUGAUGAAUAUGCUAUCAUCGUUUAUGCGAAGGGAACAGCCUUAG